AUGGUUCAAAUUACUCAACAAACUGCAAUCUUAAAUAAAUAUUUAGAUUUAGAUCAAAGAGGUAAUGUUUUAGCUGAAUACGUUUGGAUUGAUUCCGAAGGUAACACUAGAUCAAAAUGUAAGACUCUUGCUAAGAAACCAUCAUCAGUUGAUGAUUUACCAGAAUGGAAUUUCGAUGGUUCAUCAACUGGUCAAGCUCCAGGUCAUGAUUCUGAUGUUUAUUUAAGACCAGCUGCUUUCUACCCAGAUCCUUUCAGAAGAGGUGAUAACAUUAUUGUUUUAGCUGAAUGUUGGAACAAUGAUGGUACUCCAAAUAAAUUCAAUCACAGACAUGAAUGUGCUAAAUUAAUGAAAGCUCAUGAAGGUGAAAAAACUUGGUUCGGUAUUGAACAAGAAUAUACUUUAUUUGAUGAAUAUGAUCAAGUUUAUGCUUGGCCAAAAGGUGGUUUCCCAGCUCCUCAAGGUCCUUAUUAUUGUGGUGUUGGUACUGGUAAAGUUUUCGCUAGAGAUAUUGUUGAAGCUCAUUACAGAGCUUGUCUUUAUUCAGGUAUUAACAUUUCUGGUAUUAAUGCUGAAGUUAUGCCAUCACAAUGGGAAUUCCAAGUUGGUCCAUGUGAAGGUAUUAAAAUGGGUGAUGAAUUAUGGAUGGCUAGAUAUUUAUUAUCAAAAGUUGCUGAAGAAUUCGGUGCCAAAAUUUCUUUCCAUCCAAAACCUUUAGCUGGUGAUUGGAAUGGUGCUGGUUGUCACACCAAUGUUUCAACUGAAUUAAUGAGAAAAGAAGGUGGUAUGAAAUAUAUUGAAGAAGCUAUUUCUAAAUUAGCUAAAAGACAUAAAGAACAUUUAUUAUUAUAUGGUUCAGAUAAUGAAUUAAGAUUAACUGGUAGACAUGAAACUGCUUCAAUGGAAGCUUUCUCUUCAGGUGUUGCUAACAGAGGUGCUUCUGUUAGAAUCCCAAGAUCUGUUGCUAAAGAAGGAUUUGGUUAUUUCGAAGAUAGAAGACCUGCUUCAAAUAUUGAUCCUUAUUUAGUUACUGGUAUUAUGAUUGAAACUAUCUGUGGUUCAAUUCCUGAUGCUGAUAUGUCAAAAGAAUUUGCUAGAGAAUCAAAUUAA